GCGACCUCCUGUGAUUGAAGUAUCUUUGGUCCCAGUCAUAGUUAAUUUCUGCACAGCGGAAACAUUACUUGUGAAAUACGGAUACGUUGAACUAAGGUAGUAUGGCCUCUCUACUAGGGAGUAAACUUUGUAUUGAGAGUCUUAGUUCGGAUGUAGCUGACUUGCAAGAAACUAUCAAUGAAGUCUUCUCAAGAGUUGGUCCCGUCAGAUUUCCAUCAUGGAAGUUUCCUGAUAAGGUUUCCAGUGAUGUCAAUAUUGCAGAACUACUCGAAGAAUAUGUUUAUGAUGAUGCAGAUGAUGAAGAUAGUCAAGUUUCUCAUAUUAUGAUGUAUGAGUUGACCAUUGACAGGUUGAUGCUACUUAUGCAGAGUUUUACCCGCUUCAUUGAGCAACUACUGGGUGUUAGCUCCCCAGGCAAUAACCAUGUUGGUUCCCAAAUGUCAGUCGGACUUGCUACCAAGAAAUUCUGGCACAAAAUGAUUCAAGUGUACACAAUGCUACAGCAACAGCAAAGUGAAAACAAAAGCAAAAGUCGGACAAUAGUUAAAUUAGAAAAUGCCAUUGGAGAACUCCAUGAGGAGAAUGAGCGACUGAAACCACAGGAUGUAAGAGCCUCUGGUAUGUUUCAUAUGAUGACACAAAGCUCCUCAUUCCAUCCAUCAAACCCGCCAAAGUCACUAGGUGACAUCAUCCCGCCAAAUAUCACCGAGGACCCAUUUCGUCCUAGAACCGCGCAGAGAUACGAGAUUGCUAAGGAAGUGAGGACAGUGCCAUGUCAGACUCACGAGACUGCCUUUGUUCCAUGUCAAGCAUGUGCCUGUGUGCAGUUAAGUUUGAAGGAAGUCAGUGGAAUGAUUAUUGAUGUGUGUAAAACACAGGGACUACCUAGUGCUGUAGCUAAACACAAAGCGCAUGAACACAGUAAUGUUCUAUCAGCAAGUGAUGUUUCACGUUGGACUGCCGAACAAAACAAAGACCUUGCAAGAAUUAAUAAACAUUUAGAGAAUCUAAUGAGUACUAUUGAGCCAAUGAAAGUAGAUUUGGCUGCUUCACAAGCAAUGUGUGAGCAACUCAGUCAACAGGUUUCUAACGCUGAGAAAAAUAUUAAGAAGGAGAAAGACAAACAGAGUAGUUUAAUAAAAUGCCAUGAAUCAAAAGUGAAGGAAAUUGAGAGAACACAUGCAGACUCAGUCUCCAUUAUAAAGCGAACCAAUCUGGAUUUGAAAAGUGGUAAACAGAAAUUGGAAGAUCAGAUGUCAAAUCUGAAAAGGGAAUUGGUGAGGCAACAGGAUGCACUGCAAGAUCUUGAAACAACCAACAAAUCACUUGUCAAAGACCUGGAUGAGAAAUCCCUUGUUGCAUCGAGGGUUGGCAAGCUGGAAAAAUCAGUCCAAGAAAUGAAGUCAGAACUGCAAACAACGCAGAUGAAACUAGAGUCAACAACCAAAGAGCUGAGUAAAGAACAGGCUAAAAGUAGAAGCAUUUCAAAACAUGAUCAGGCGGUGCAGAGUAAACACGAGUCAUUGCUGCAGAGAGUAGAUGAACUGGACCAGGAAUGUGAAGAGUUGAAAGGCAGAGUCAUUGAAAUGGAAGAUGAGAAAGAGGAGUUGGAAAGUACUAGAAAGGAAGUAAAGAGGUUACAAAGAGAGCUACAGGAAGAAAAGGAGUUGAUGGCACAGAUUGCAGAGGAUAAGAAAUCUAUUGAAACAUCGAUACAUGACUUACAAAGCAUGAUAUUGAAGAUGGAGGAUGAAUUACAAGAAAGCAAAGAACGUGAAAUCCAACUUGUCCAGUAUCCGGAUCUGAAUGUGUCAUCAUUGCCACCAGAAGCCAUGCCAGAAACUACUGGUGACAUUGCUACUGAUAUGGCACGACAGAUACAGGCCAAUAACAUCCGAAUACAGAUUAUGCAAGAACACAACGAGUCACUGCGACAGACUGUUGAUAAGCUUCGACUAGAUAAGCCAGCAAAACAUCAAACAUUUCAGAGCUCAGGACCAGUACCAUUAUGGAAGAGGGGCGAUACACAACAAGAAAAUAACGGCUAUCAAGAAAGAAAUCAACAACAGAAAUCACAAAAACAUUGGUCGGCACAUUCACAGUCUGAACAGCAAAGAGAUCUCUACACAUUUCAACACGCCCCCAAUGAUGGCUUUUCAAUUGGUGCCUCUCACUCCAACCCUGAGUUGCAAAGUGACACUGGAUACACUAGACCAUCAAAGAAUAGCCCAACUGAUGAUGAUCGAUUUGCUGAUAAACCUCCCGUACACAGAAAUAUCAGCUCAGCAAAGACAAGAAAAGGAGAGAGGAAUAUGCCACCAACCAGUGUGAAUGUAGCAAAACUUGCAGCUCAGGGUAAUACAAGUCUCAGUGCCUACUUAAAACUAAAGAGUGCUGGUUCUAUUCCAACUAAGGGUGGUGAUAACAAGACUCGUGCCACAAGGCCUAGAAGUGGUAAAGCUAACUUUGAAGACGUACAGUCCAAUCUUUCACUCAGAAUAGACAUUCCAGGUUCCAGAGAAGGGAGUGCAAAGGGUGGCAGAGAUUCGCAUUCUACAAGUAAACCGAAAUCCCGACAGGGUGGAUGGAUGUCUGCUUUGGCUGGGAAGAAACCGACGGAACAGACAGAACGUUACACUCCAGUUGACAUGUUUGUCUGCUCCGCAUGUGAUAAAAUGUAUACAACACAGAAGGACUUAGAUGUACAUAAAUCGUAUUGCUAUGGAUAA